GAAGUACACAGGAAUAACAAGAGUUAAGAGAACCUGCCCAGCAAAAACAUGUGAUAUAUUUUCACCUUGGAGCAAGAGUGAAUUCUGAACAUUGACUGAACUUUUAAGAAUUAGAAUGGGAUGUGUGAGUAGUAGGGAAAAGGGAGGUGGUAUGAGAGAAUCCCAGAAUCCCCGACUGCCAGAAGCCAACAAAAACACCAGAGACCCAACUCAGAAUUCGUCACUGUUGCCUGGGCAGCUUCUGCAAAAUGGCGAUGCUGAAACCACAGAGAGCAAGGUUGUGAUAGCCUUAUUCCCAUACGAAGCUGACAAGAGGAAUGAGCUAUCUUUCAAGAAAGGAGAGAAACUCGUAAUAUUGGACGAGAAUGGAGAGUGGUGGAAAGCAAAGUCUCUUUCCUCUGGCAAUGUCGGAUUAAUACCUUCCAAUUAUAUAAAGAUAGAAGAAAGCAUGGAUAAUAAAGACUGGUUCUUUAAAAACAUCAGCAGAAUAACAGCUGAGAGAAACCUGCUGGCUCCUGCCAACAAACCAGGUGCCUUCCUCAUACGCCAGAGUGAGACAACCACAGGAAGUUACUCGAUGUCAGUGAGAGACGUGGGUCCUAAUGGCUCAGCUGUGGUAAAGCAUUAUAAGAUUCGCCUGUUGGAAGAUGGAGGAUUUUACAUCAGCCCAAGAAUCAAUUUCAAAACAAUAGAUGACCUCAUUGCGUACUAUCAAAAGCAAGCCAGUGGUUUAUGCCAGCGAUUAGGCAAAACAUGUGAGAGACCUAAAAAAGCAGUCCAGUGGGAUGAAGAUGCUUGGGAAAUUGCCAAAGAAUCUCUUUAUAUGAUCAAGAAGCUUGGAGCUGGUCAGUUUGGUGAGGUCUGGUUAGCAAUGUAUAACAAGACAACUAAAGUUGCAGUGAAAACCCUAAAGCCAGGCAGCAUGUCGGUUGAGGCAUUUCUGCAGGAGGCUAACUUGAUGAAAACGCUACGGCAUGACCGUCUUGUCCGCCUUUACGCUGUGGUCACCAAAACAGAGCCCCUCUAUAUCAUCACUGAAUUCAUGUCUAAUGGGAGCUUGUUGGACUUUCUGAAAAGUACCCCAGGCAGAAAAAUACAACUGCCUAAACUGAUUGACUUUGGAGCACAAAUUGCAGAAGGAAUGGCGUACAUUGAAAAGAAGAACUACAUUCACAGAGACUUGAGAGCUGCAAAUGUCCUUGUCAGUGAAAGCCUGCUAUGUAAGAUUGCUGACUUUGGCCUGGCUAGGGUCAUUGAGGACAAUGAAUAUUCAGCCAGAGAAGGUGCUAAAUUCCCCAUUAAGUGGACUGCACCAGAAGCUAUAAACUAUGGUUCAUUCACCAUCAAAUCAGAUAUGUGGUCAUUUGGCAUCCUGCUCUAUGAGAUUGUCACCUAUGGAAAAAUCCCCUACACAGGUUUGAGCAAUGGAGAAGUGAUGGCACGAGUGCAGCGUGGUUAUCGCAUGCAGUCUCCUGAUACCUGCCCAUCUGAACUGUAUGAGAUCAUGAUUUCAUGCUGGAAAGCCAAACCCGAAGAGCGGCCCACGUUUGACUACAUGCAGAGCUUGCUGGAGGACUAUUAUACAGCCACAGAGGGCCAGUACCAGAGCCAGCCAUGAUGGAAGAUCAAAAACAUCCAAGAGCAUUAUAAAGAAUUUUAUUAUUUACAGAUACAAGCACCACACCAUGUGAGAGCAACUUUGCCAAGGAUAGAAAGAAGAAAUCAUAAAAUGCACAAAGAAAUAAGGAACUACCCUCCUCUGUGCUGAAGGAAGGCCUGGUCAUCUCAUCAUUCAGCAAAGAAAGAAAGAAAUACUUUAUUUUGGCUUUUUUCCGGUUUGUUGGUGACCAACAUUAACAUUUGUGUGAGAAGGUAAAAAUAAAUCAGUCCACCAAUAGAUGUUACUAGCUGGAAAUGUUCAAACAAAAGUGCUCAGGGGCUCAGCCUACAGCUCCAAUUUAAGACUACAAUCACUGGCCACUUUAAUAGGAACACUUGAAUAGUACCGCUCAACAUUAUCUGGUCAGCCAGUCAUAUGGCACUAGAACAGUCCAUAAAUUCAUGCAGAUACUCAUUAAGAGUUUCAGUUAAUGUUAACAUCAAACAUGAUAGUUUGGGAAAAUGUGAUCGUAUUGACUUGACCUGGUCUUUGGUGCCAGACAGGCUGCUCACAUGUUUAGAUGGACAGGCCACAACAAAAAGGGAUCAAAUCCUGAUUCAAAUAGAAAUCUGAGGCUACAGUUUGUAUUGGAACACUGACCUUUUUUCCAGGUUUCAACACACUGCCUCAUAUGACCUACACUCAAAUGUUUUUUCUGCUCACCAUGGUUGUAAACAGAGGCUAUUCAAGCUACCUGAGCCUUCCUGUCAACUCAAACCAUCAUAGUACACAAAAGGUAUUUCUGACAAAUGUACAGAUUCACCACAUAACGUGGCCAGUGAGUGUAGUAUAGAAAAAGGAUUUCCAAAUGGUAAUUACUAUUUACUUCUGAAAAUAAAACCCUUUGUAAAUACUUUGUCUCAGCUAUUAAAUUUAAAAAGCUUGGAGGUGCUUAUUAUACAGAGUGUUUGGAAAAACACCAGCAUUAAGCAUAAAUUAAUUAUUAACACCAAAAUGUGUCUACGGUGGAACACAAGUGGAGCCCAUUUACUAUAGACUGUAAGAUGUAACAAUCAUGUAUUAAACUGCUGUAAUGACAAA